CGUCAAGCCACCUCACUUCCGCUCGCCAUUUGGCGCCGCGCUUCAUCGCCGCCGCCGCCGGCAUCGCCAUGACGGACCGGUACACCAUCCACAGCCAGCUGGAGCACCUCCAGUCCAAGUACAUCGGGACGGGCCACGCCGACACCACCAAGUGGGAGUGGCUGGUGAACCAGCACCGGGACUCGUACUGCUCCUACAUGGGCCACUUCGACCUGCUCAACUACUUCGCCAUCGCCGAGAACGAGAGCAAGGCGCGCGUCCGCUUCAACCUGAUGGAGAAGAUGCUGCAGCCCUGCGGGCCGCCCGCCGACAAGCCCGACGAGUCGUAGCGCGGCGCCGCCCCGCCGCCCGCCGCCGCCCCGCGCGUGCCCGGCCCUCGAGGGGCUCCGGCGGGGAGAAGCCGCCUGAAGUGCCGGCCUCUGGGCAGCCUCGGCUCCCUUCGCUGUACAACCGUGCGGAUUUUUUAAAAUGGAAAAUAAUAAAACCUACUGGGCAUUG